CUUCGAAUUCCAUCGAGACGAAUCAUCGAUUCAUCGGAAAUCAAAGUGCGAGCUUUAUCAUCGCCGGUGACAAUGGAGACUGGUGGCAAGAUCAAGAAGGGAGCCGGAGGACGUAAAGGAGGAGGUCCGAAGAAGAAGCCUGUUUCACGGUCAGUCAAGGCCGGUCUCCAGUUUCCCGUCGGCCGUAUCGGCCGGUUCUUGAAGAAGGGCCGAUAUGCGCAACGUGUGGGCACUGGUGCUCCUGUUUAUCUUGCUGCUGUUCUUGAAUACCUUGCCGCUGAGGUGUUAGAGCUGGCAGGGAAUGCGGCGAGGGAUAACAAGAAGAAUAGGAUAAUACCAAGGCAUGUGUUGCUGGCCAUUAGGAAUGAUGAGGAGUUGGGAAAACUUCUUGCUGGAGUGACGAUCGCGCAUGGUGGGGUGUUGCCGAAUAUUAAUCCAGUGUUGCUGCCGAAGAAGACGGAUAGGCCCGGGAAGGAGGCCAAGUCUCCGUCAAAGGCUGGGAAGUCACCAAAGAAGGCAUAGAUGGAAAGAGAGAUACAAGUAGUACUAGUUCUAGUAUUUGUAGUAGUACUUUAGUGUUCAGUCAGUGUUUUUAUGGUUUUAAUUUUAAAAAUGACUUCUUUUGAAUUUUGAUUGUGUCUUCGAAGUUGUUUACUGUGUGGGUCUGUAUGUAAGUAAGUGGUUGUUUGGUGAAUGAGAUGAUGAAUGAUGGAAAUCAUUGGAAGGAAAAUGGAAUGCAUUA